GCCCCGAACCGAACCCCUUCAGCUCAAUCCCAAGACGGUAUCAGAACGCUUGCACGUAUCUCAAAAUGUCAACACAGUCAACAAUGAAUGGUGAUACCGCCGAGUCUGGCUACCCUCACGUGCCAAAGUAUUUUUUCCCGACGCAACAGAUUCCUAAGUUAUCAUGUAAUGAUCCGCUGGCCGACGAACUCAUAUCACAAGAGAAACCUGUUGUUCUAACAGACACCAAGCUUUGUGAAUCUGCACUAAAGUGGGACUUGGAUUAUUUGGCCAAUAACAUGGGUAAUGAACGGUACAUGGUGUUUGUUUCACAGAACAACAGAUUCAAAUAUUAUGAUGAAGCAAAAAUGAAGCAGUAUAAGAUAAACUUCAACCCACCAACAAGAAGAGUAGACAUGACAUUUACUGAAUUUGUGAAAAAGUUACGAGAAUGGAAACCUGGUGAUGAAAGCAACAGAAAAAGCACAACUGGGGCCCAUUAACUUCUAACCUUUUGCUAGUGGGAAUGGAAAGUAAUAUUACACCAGUACAUUACGAUGAGCAACAAAAUUUCUUUUGUCAGCUAAUUGGGAAGAAGAGGUGCAUAUUAUUUGCUCCUGAACAUUAUGAGCGCCUGUAUCCUCAUCCAGUGUAUCAUCCACACGAUAGGCAGUCACAGGUAGACUUUGAUAUGCCAGACUUGGAAAAGUUUCCUGGGCUUGAUCAGCUUCAAGGUUGGGAAACUGUUAUAGGACCUGGAGAAGUGCUUUACAUACCUAUGUAUUGGUGGCAUCAUAUAGAAAGUUUACCAAAUCUUGGCCACACAGUUUCUGUCAAUUUCUGGUAUAAGGGUGGUCCAACAGAAAGUGUUGAAUAUCCUCUAAAACCACGACAAAAAUUGGCCAUCAUGCGAAAUGUAGAAAAGAUGUUAUUAGAAGCUCUGAAAGACCCAGGAGAAGUGGGACCACUUUUGCGUUCAUUAGUUCUGGGUAGAUAUUCUGGUGAGGAUGCUUUAAAGGAAGAAGGAAAUCUGUGAUUUUAUACUGGAUGAUUUAGGAAUAGUUUAUUGUUAUACAAUACAUUUACAUCUACAGUAUGAUUGUCUUCUUUUGAAACUGUACCUGUUUGAACAGCUUCAUUUCUACCUUUUGGAAGGAAAUAUGAUGAAGUUAAUUGUUUACAUAAAGUUGCUAAUUGAAAAAUCUUGUUGGUGCUUUGUAUAGAAAAUAUAGAAUAUUGAGUUAAAGAUUUGAUAUACCCUUUGGUGUUGUUAAUUCAACUUUUAGAAUUAAUUGUCCUUUUAAUUCCAAAGGUUUUGAUAUGAGUUAGCAUAACUUUCUGGUAUUUUUAUAUUGUACUAUCCUUAGUAGUGUGGCUGGUUGAUGUGGAAAAAGAACCUUUUAUUUAUUUACUUUUCUCUUAUUAUCUGGAAUAUUGCAAAUGUUAUGAAGUACUAUUCUCUCUCCUAUGAAAUAUCAAGGAAUUGCAAAUAGUAAUGUUACUUUUUACAAAAAAGUUCAAGUACAGUGUAGCUGCAUAAAGGAAUGAAUAUUGGUGAAGAUGUGACAAACACUAAAAUAACUUAAGUUUUUCAGAUAGUUAUUUGUGUAAGCAGAGAAAGUACAUGCUUAAGCUGACAGUAAUGUGAUGUACUCCAUCUGUAUCCUAGUCCUAUUCCCAGAAUGAUUUAUAAUCUGAAAGUUUUUUGUGCACAAAAGGAAUUGUACUUGUGUGUUUUCCAUUGCUGAAAACCCUAAAAUACAAAUUUAUUUAAUUUCUGCGUUUAAUAUAGGAUAAUUAAGUUUGUAGCUUGUGGAAAAGUGAAUGUAUUUGCUAUCUUUUUCUUUUGUGAAUAUCACUUGAACAUGCAAGUGCACUUACUUACUUGGGUGCAAAGUGCACAAUAUUUUGUUCACUUUUCAUUUGAGUUCUGACCUCAACAAGUUCAGAUCGGUUGCAGUCUUCCAGAUAUCUAGAUGAGUUAUUGUGCAACAUUUUAAGUUUAGAUGUACUACAUAGUAAUUGCUCUUAGUACAUCAUCUUCCAGCUUCAUUAAGUUUAAUAGCAUUGGCUCUCUUAUGAUGUAUGUAUUUACCAUACCUUUUUAUCAACUUCAGUGAAGUUAGCUAUGAUGGAUUUUUUGUGAAGCAGUUUUAGUUUUUUGUGUUAGUGCUAUGCUAUAUUAAUGUUUUAUUCAUCAUCUUCCAACAACUGGUAUUAAUAUAGUCACCUGUUUUUUCUUAGUGAAUUGUCACAUGGUUAGUUUUAAAAUGAAUGAUUGUUGUAAAGUUUCAGCUUUCAAAAAUUUUAUCUAUGUAAACUGAUGUACAUUAUUAGGAGGUACAAUACAGUUGUCUGUAACUUGCAUUAUGUAAUGCAAAUCACACAUAAAGUUCUAAUUAGCAGCCUGAAGAACCCUAUAAAAAGACAGUGGAAGUGUGUUUUUGUUACCAAAGUUGAUUUCAGUAAUUUUUUACCACCUGAAAAUCACUGGUUAUGUUAUGGCUUGCAAAGAAUACAUAACUGUGGGAUCUUAUACUGGUUUAUCAAGAACUCAGCCUCUGUUGCUGUAUAGUUAUGGUUCCUUUCUAACAUAUAGCUCUCUCUCUCUCUCUCUCUCUCUCUCUCUCUCUCUCUCUCUCUCUCUCUCUCUCUCUCUCUCUCUCUCUCUCUCUCUCUCUC